UAAGGUUAUGCGUAAAACACGAGUAUCGCCGCUUAGUAAAGAACGCGCCGUUAAAAAUUCUCGUUAUUUUCGGUUCGACGACGUUAUAUUAUUUCAGUGCCGGUAUAAUAUGUGAUAAAAGGAUACUCCCAAGUCGAUACUUAUUCAGAACGUGCUUAGUGUUGUGAGAGGCUACUAAUGUGUAGCGGGUCGCAAAUGAUACAAACAGACGAUCAGCAUAAACAUAAAUAAAAUAUUUUCAUUAUCUGUUACACAGUUACUAAUUCAAUAGAUACUUUAUUACGUUAACUGUUACGUACGAAAUGACCAAUAUGACAAUCUGGAAUAAGUUUAUGCUUUUAUUGUGGAAGAACCUUAUCAUCCAAUGGAACCAUAAGUGGAAAACUAUCUUAGAACUGGUGUCGCCAAUUUUUUUUGCCCUGAUCUUCGUUGUACUCCGUUAUGCGAUCCCAACGAGUUCGGUUAGUCUCCACAUUGACGACAUUGGGUACAAUAUUGUAGAUUUUUCUAACAAAGAUUUUAGAGAGGGUUGGAGGCUCGAAGUCUUCAACUUACCCGUGUACUAUUCACCUGCGAAUGAUGUAUUGGAUACAUUUCUCGGCGACAAUUUGUACAAUAUCACCCUCAUCGCAUCGAAAAACGCCGUUCAACUGGAAUCGGAUGUGAUCCAAAACAAGGCCCUAGCCGGCAUUCAGUUCGAUGAUGCUUGGGCCAAUCUUACGGACAGAAUUCCAGAUGAUUUUCGCUUUGCUCUUCGAUUUCCAUCAGAACCCAAUUAUUGGCGUACAAACGAACUGUUUCCCACAAUUGAUCUCAGGGGACCCAACCAUGGCAAUCCGAGGUAUUUUGAACAGGGAUUCCUGGCUUUGCAACACUCCCUUUCCAUGGCCUUCAUACGGGACAAAGGCUACAUCGAUGACAUGCCGACACAUAUGCAGUACUAUCCUUAUCCCACCUACACAAACGACAAUUUUAUCACCUGGUUGACUCUGUUGCUUCCGUGUUUCAUCGUGCUGAACUUCACUUACCACUACAUGGGUAUGAUUAAGUUUAUCGUCGCAGAGAAGGAGAAACAACUCAAGGAGAUUAUGAAGGUCCUAGGAUUGGGGAACUGGCUUCAGUGGACUGCUUGGUUUGUCAAGUUCCAAAUACCGCUUACCUUAUCAGCCAUUUUCAUCACCGCAAUUCUCAAGAUCGACACGAAAAAUGGCGCCAUUUUGCCAAAUACUGAUCCAACCGCACUGCUCUUUUUUCUUGUCGUAUACUUCAUUGCGAACACCUGUUUCUGCUUCAUGGUGAGCUCCAUGUUCUCGAAAGCCCGCAGAGCAACCACUGUCAUGGCCUUGGUAAGCAUCCUUGCGCUCAUACCGUACUUCUGCACAUUUCAUAACGCCAGCCUGUGCCCUAAAGUGGUGUGGAGCUUAGUUCCGAACUCGGCCCUGGGACUUGGCUUUAAAGUGAUCGUGAACUUCGAGGAGGUUGGCGAUGGUCUGCAGUGGAGAAGUAUGUUCACACCCGCUUCCGAGGGCAAUCCCCUGACCAUGGGCGUCGUUAUAAUUACGAUGAUGGUCUCCAGUGUAGCCUGCAUGAUCAUUUGCUUGUAUGUGGAGAAGGCCAUGCCGGGAGGCAUUGAAGAUCUGCGCCCCUGGUAUCUUUCAUUUACCCAGACAGGCGGGAAUACCGAAGGACAACUCGCGGAGGUGGAGACCGUGCGGCUGAAGCAACUGGAUCCCUCUUCUUUUGAAGCGGUUUCGGAAAACAAGCAAAUCGGGCUGAAGAUCACCAACCUCACGAAGCGCUUCGACGACAAAACGGCGGUCAAGGGCUUAUCCAUGAACCUGUACCAGGACGAGAUCACGGUCUUGCUGGGGCACAAUGGAGCCGGCAAGAGCACCACCAUAUCAAUUUUGACGGGAGCGAUUCCGGCGACAAGAGGCAAUGCCAUCAUAAACGGCAGUGAUAUUACCAAAAACGCCGAGGAGGCGCGCCGGUCUAUAGGAAUCUGUCCACAGCAAACUGUUCUCUUCGACGAGAUGAGUGCGUCGAACCACAUUCGAUUCUUCAGCCGGAUCAAGGGACUCCGCGGAGAGGCCGUGGAGAUGGAGGUCACGAAGUACCUAAGCAUGAUCGGGCUGGAGCACAAGGGGGAUGUGGUCUCGUCUAAACUGUCUGACGAAAUGAAGCGCAAGCUGUCCGUCUGCUGUGCCCUGUGCGGCGGCUCGAAGGUGGUGCUGUUGGACGCACCGAGCUCCGGGAUGGAUCCGUCCGCCAGGCGGCAGGUCUGGGAUCUCCUCCAGAAAGAGAAGUUCGGACGCACCCUGCUGUUGACCACGCAUUUGAUGGACGAGGCCGAUGUGCUGGCUGAUCGCAUUGCUAUCAUGUGCGACGGUGAGCUUCAGUGCCACGGCACCUCCUUAUUUCUAAAGAAGCGAUUUGGCUCAGGAUACCAACUGACCAUUGCUAAGCGCAAGGACUGCAGCACGAACGAGGUGACGGCCCUGCUGAACAAGUACAUUCCGGGUCUGAGGCCGGAGCGCGACAAUGAGACCGAGCUGUCGUACCAACUGCCGGAUAGCCUGUCCCCGAGGUUCGAGGAGAUGUUCAGCCAGCUGGAGGAGCGUUCAGAGGAACUGCACUUGAACGGCUUCGGCGUCAAAUUCAGCACGCUGGAGGAGGUGUUCUUGAAGGUGGGCGUCGAUAAUGAAAGCACAGAAAAUGAUAAGAACCCAAGCGGAAUGAUGAACGGGAAGGAACAGCCCCACGAUAUCUUUGAGGACAGUCUGCAGCCGCUACAAGGACUACAGCUUCUGUUAAAUCAAUGCAAGGCCAUGUUCUUGAAAAAGGGAUUAUACACUUGGCGGAAAAAAUAUCUCUUGUUCGUUACACACGUCAUUCUGUUGAUCUUCCUGGUAACCUCUUUCCUGAACAUCCUCCCGACCUACGAUCAGAGUCCCAUGACAAUAUCGUUAGCCCAAUAUCCCUCCACUGUGAGUGUUGUGGAUAUUUCUGAAGUAGGAAGCCACUCAUUGGAAUACAAGAUGGGCCAGGAGUACGCUAAUCUGGUUAAUUCGUAUGGCGGCGACCACAAAGUGGAGUUGACGGGCACUAAAAAUUUUAAAGACUACAUUUUAGGGAUUGGAGAUGCAAAACAGACGGGGAUCAACCCGCGCUACCUCGUGGGCGUUUCUAUUUCAUACUAUGGUAUCGCUGCCAGGCUAAAUAACCAGGCUUAUCACGCGGCUCCUUUAAGCCUCAACUUGGCUCAUAACGCUUUGGCCAGGGCGGCAGUCCAUCGACCUGUUCGUAUCGAAGUUACUAACGCGCCUCUGCAUUAUUCCAAACCCUCUAAAGAUGGAUUUGGUCAACUGAGAGAAUGGUAUCAGAGAAAUUACCUCUCGUACAGUCUGUGCCUUGGCAUGCUCUUUGUGUGCUCGAUAUACGUCGUGCUUCCGAUUGAGGAGCGCAGGUCCAACGCUAAGUUGCUGCAAUUUGUCGGUGGUGUGAAAGCAUGGAUCUUCUGGUUGACACAGUUUGCUAGUGAUUUUGCCAUCCAUUUAAUAACAUGCCUAAUUGUGUUCAUCCCAAUCCUUUUCUUACUGGAACCGGGAUAUUUGGCUCUUAGUGAGCUGGGCAUCUUAUUCAUAGUGCUGAUUAUCUUUGGUUUUUCGGUUAUACCGUUUAUCUACCUAAUGUCGUUUUUCGUAAAAAAUACGCCUACAGUUUUUAUUUGGAAUGCUUUGCUUUUUGUUUUUACCCUUAUUGGCUAUACAGCAGCGGCAAUGAACGAAUUUAAAAUACAUUUUGUGUUCAAAUUGCUGUUCAGUUUGUUCCCCCAGAUAUCCAUAUUAGGGGGUGUAUCCAAUGUUUUUUUCGUCAGGUUUUUUGGGAAACAAAAGUGUACUAGUGUUGAUGGAGAUACAAGCUGCAACUCGGAACCUUUUUAUGAAAAUUCUAAUUUGUUAUUAACGUGGGAAAGUCCUGGAGUACUAUCGGAAUUGGUCUCCAUGAUUUGCAGCGGCGUAUUUUUCUUUUUCAUCACUUUAUUGUUGGAGAGUCGGGUGAUCCAGACGCUGAUGUUUAAAAUGCGGCAAAAUCUUAAAAAAACAGCUCUGCCGCCCCCAGAAGGUCACUUGGAGGAAGACGUGGAUCGGGAGCGAAGUCGCAUCCUUUGCUUAACCCAGGACGAGGUGGCAUCCAAGAAGCUGGUGAUGGAUAGACUCACAAAGAACUACGGCAAAUUCCUUGCUGUUAAUCAGGUGUCGUUUUGCCUAAACGGUAGCGCCGAAUGCUUUGGAUUGCUUGGAGCGAACGGAGCCGGAAAAACGACCACGCUCAAGGUGAUGACUGGCGAAGAGCGGAUCAGUUCGGGGACCGUCCACGUCCAGGGUAAGGCCGUUGGGUGGAACAUGAGCGGGAUCUACCAGGUGAUCGGCUACUGUCCACAGUUCGACGCGCUACCAGAAGCUCUUACGGGUCGGGAGGUGCUGAGAAUUUUCUGCCUGCUUGGCGGAGUGCGGAGUGCGAGCAUCAGGCAGGUUUCCGAGGACCUCGCCAGGUCCUUGGGCUUCUCGAUGCACCUUGACGAGCGAACGGAGUCCUACAGUGCUGCAAACAAGAGAAAGCUGAGCACGGCCAUCGCCGUGGUGGGAAGUUCCUCGGUGGUUCUCCUGGACGAACCCUCAUCCGGCCUGGAUCCGGCGGCAAGGCGCCAGCUGUGGAACGUGGUCAGCCGCAUCCGCGACUCCGGCAAGUCCAUCAUAUUGAGCUCCCACAACAUGGAGGAGGGUGAGGCGCUCUGCACCCGACUGGCCAUUAUGGGGAACGGCAAAUUCCUCUGCCUCGGGUCCACGCAGCACCUAAAGAGCAAGUUCUCCAAGGGCCUGAUCCUUAAGAUCAAGGUGAAGGAAACCAAUGCCGUCAUAGAAUUCAUUAGGAGCCAUUAUCCGCAUUCCGUUCUCAGGUAUUCUACCCUGGGUCUUUUGACAUUCGUCAUUCCUCUGAACGAGGCCAAAUGGUCGGGUCUGUUCGUGGUGAUGGAGGAGAAUCGUGUCCGGCUGGGUGUGGAGGAGUACUCGGUCAGCCAGACUUCGCUGGAGGAUAUCUACUUGGAUUUGCUGGAAACCAACAGGGAUCAACAAUAAGUUGAACUUAUAUAUGAUUUGUUCUCUGUUCAUUCUUUUUUACUUGUUUUUUUAUUUUAAAUAAAAAAUGU